ACGAAUGACAGGACGGAAGAAGAUUUGGAUAAUCAUUGCUGUGGUGAUUACAGUAGUUCUGCUAUUGUUGGGCAGUUCAUGGUUCAUCAUGCGUAAAAUUAAACAAGGGAAAUUGGAGGAAGAACUUGAAAAAAUGAUAACCCUAGAGGAAUAUACAGACACAGAUGAACUGGAAAACAACGAAAGAAAGGGACAUGAUCUCAAACUGUUUACAUACUCAUCUAUCCUGGCUGCUACGAAUAGCUUUUCAUCAGAAAACAAACUGGGGGAGGGUGGUUUUGGCCCUGUUUAUAAGAAUCAAGUGCCCUUGACUUGGAGGGCCACGAUACCUGAGCUUUGCAGGCUGAUUACAUAACUAACUCUUCAGGAUGCCAUCUUAUCCGUAUAGAAAAGAUAACGCAUUUUUAAAAGCUUAAACCAUAAGAAAUGGGACACACACACACUUAUAUAUUGUUACCACUCCUCCUCACGUGCAGAUCAAUCCAUCGAAAGUCUGAUACAUGACAAUUUUUGACAGUUUGGUAUCAACGGAACUUGUACCCAGGUCUUUUUUGUGACUAACUUUGGUGACCAAAUCCAAUUAUUUAUUUAAAUGUUGUCUUCAGCAAAUGUAUUAGCACUUAGGAUGAGUCUUUGAUGGGUGGUCAUCCCUUAAGAUUGUGUGCCUCUUCAAUGAAGCCGUGGGCAUUGUCAGUUUACCUUCCGAGAAUCAUUGAACGAAGCCAAGACUUCAGUACAACGGGAAGAGGUUAUGUAUUGAACUUCUUAUGGCAAACAAAAUUCCAUCUCCUAAUGAGCAGUUUGUCCCGUUUGUCCUUUAGUUACUAGGAUCCUAAGGUAGCCUUCCCAAUUUGAUUUAAACUUCCAUAUCAAACUUCUUGUUUCCCCCCAGAUACCUUCCUCUAAAUUAGUUCUCCUUCACUGAACUACUAUGUUUUGACCUAAUAAUUUUAAAGAUGACUAGUUUUCAAUGGUAGUCCUUGGCAACCAUUAACAAAUAUGCACUCAUUACAUGAAAGGUGAGAGAAUGAGUAAUGAUUAUCAGCUCUUCAGUCUGUAGGUUGGAGACAGAGCUAAUCUUUAGUACUACUCAUCCUUCAUGUAAUGUGCAGAGUCUUUCUUCUUCCCUGAUAUGUUUUACCCAUUAUGCUCUAGCUGUGAUUGAGCAGUGAUCUUUGUGGUAGAAUUCGGAAGGCCUCUUACCUAUCAUAGGCAGGAAAAAAAAUAUGGCAACCGUUUUUCGAAGACUCCGUAUGUAUCCCCUCAUAGUGAACUUGAUUGGAGUUUCUCGAGGCAAUAAGAUAUUUUUGUUGUCACCACAGGAAACUCAAAGAGUUCAUUAAUUAAACUCAUCAGAGAAUUGGAAUAAUCAGAUCCAAGACCUGAAACAUAUGAUAUAUCCUUUUUUCAGAGUCCAUUCCUCCACAGUUCCAAAGCGAUCCUUAGCCCUUGUUU